GGAUGUCUCCUCUUUAACAUCUCUCACACAACGCAUGACUUGAGCCAUAAUAUCAAUACCUUUCUCCCAAAGCCUCUUUAACCCGCUGGAGGAAACAUGUCUUUGCCACCUCCUCCUCCACCGCCGUCUUUUCGGGCCCCAGCGACCGACACUGGCGCCCGCCAAACUCCAUCGGCGUCGGUUGUUUCUGAGAACGGUCCAGCUGGAGGCCUAUUGCUUGAGUUGAUCAAGCACAAUGGAGCGCCAUUUAACGACCACUGGGCCUACUUCGUCCAAUCAACCUCGAAUUCUUGUGUUGGUAUCGUCUAUGAAGCUAUCGGCGACGUACGCAGCGGAUUUCAACUCCAGGUCCGAAGGAAUCAUAAUCUGACUUCUGAUCCACCUUCGACUCGGAUUCCACUGCAGUGGAUUGACAGAAAAUUCAUGAACGAAGAGUCGAUGCUUAAUGGAGAAGAUUUUAUGCCUGUUUGCAUCUUUGAGGAAAGCCUACAUAAGGUCAAAGUGCCCGGGAAGACAUUAAAUAACACGAGCGAAAGUGAAGCUCCCAAGAAGAGAAUCGUACAAAGGAACUGUCAAACAUGGAUCGUCGAGUCGGCGGAUCAACUAGUCGCGGACGGUAUUCUCUCUCCAGAUGCCGCUUCAUACCUUUAUGUAGCGAAGCAAGUCUAACGAGCCGUCAAGGUGCUGUAUUUGAUGAGCUGAAGUUUCCAACGUUUUCUGUCAGGGUUGUCAUCAAUAAGCCAAGCAUGGUGCCAUGGAGAAUAGUUAACACUGGACACGGAGUCUUGAUUAUUCAGAAGAGCUUUAAUUCUAGACCAAUUCGUCGAUCCUUUUGCUACAAGUGGUUAUCACCC